AUGUCUGACUCUACAGCACCAUCCCUACCGCCUCCCCGCCGAGUCGUGACUGGCCACAACCCUAACGGCCAGGCAACAGUAGCCUUCGACUCCCACCUUACCCCCCAGCCUGUGGGAGGUAACAACUUGACGAUACUGUGGUCAACGAGCGAGCAUCCCGCAAACGUCAAUGGCUCCGAAGAUGCAGCACUAUCACCGCGGAGUUGGCCUCCCACAGGCACUGGGGUCUCCGCUUAUGAUAUUCCCCCAAAAGCAGAGGGAGUGUUCCAUCGCUCUAUCACGCUCGACUACGUGAUAGUGGGCAAAGGAAGCGUUGUUUUGAGCCUGGACGAUGGCUCGCAAGUAACGUUGAACGAGGGCGAUAUGGUCGUUCAGCGAGCUACGAUGCAUAGCUGGAGCAACACAACCGACCAGUGGGCACGCAUCUACGGAAUGAUGAUCCCGGCGCAGGCGCCUGUUGUGAAUGGGAAGGAACUCAAGGAGGAUUGGCCUUUUUGA